AUGUCUAAGAAGAAUGCGCUGUCAAUCAUAUUAAUGAUAUGGUUGUGCGGAUCGCUGUUUGCUUUGCCGACACUCCUCUACUCUAAGACCCUGUCCUACAGAUACGCAAAAAGGGAAAUCAGGACACUAUGUAUAAUGAUAUGGCCGGACGGUGUGGCCGGACAGUCCUCCUCAGAUAACAUAUACAACAUACUGUUCCUUUUGCUCACAUAUGUGGUGCCAAUCAUCUCAAUGGUGUUCACCUAUACCUUGAUUGCGAGGGUCUUGUGGGGACACAAAGGGAUCGGAGAGUUCACCGAAUUUCAGAAGGAGUCGAUUCGGUCCAAGAGGAAGAUCGUGCGGAUGUUGAUGGUCGUGGUCGCCAUCUUCGCCAUUUGCUGGCUUCCCUAUCACUUGUACUUCCUAUACACGUACAAAUUCCCGGAAGUGGUGCACUUCCCAUUCAUUCAACACAUCUAUUUAGGCAUAUAUUGGUUAGCGAUGUCCAACUCAAUGUAUAAUUGGAUGAUAUACUGCUGGAUGAAUAAGAGGUAU